UUUUUUCGCACAGUUUGUCAAGCAUCGAAAUCGUAGCAACCCAAUCGAGCUUGGUUGAACAACAGGUAGAUAGCCAUGAUGAUGAAGAAGGCCAUAAUCCUCCCAUCUUCACUCCUGCUGCUUCUCCUUCUCAUCACUCCCAAAUUUUCCCUUGCAGUCCCUGCCACCAGAAGCUUCAUCAUGGAUAAGAUGACUGCAAAAGAAGAAACCCCAUCUUCCUCAACACCAACAAUCCAUGUCCUUGAGGGAGGGAAAUGGGUGGAAGUUGUUUUGAGGGAGGAGGAGGAAGGAGGAGAAGAUAUUGGAAGUUAUGACUUGGAAGGAAGGAUGGAUAGGGAAGAGUUCACAGAUUACCCAGGGACAGGGGCAAACAAUCACCAUGAUCCUAAAACUCCUGGAAGAGCUUGAUCAAUUUGUGUAUUCACAUGGUUUAUCAUGAACCAUACAAUAAUUAGAUCCCCACAGCCAAAGAAAGAAGUAAAAAAAAAACCCUACAGUUAUAUAUAUUUUUGACUGUGGGAGCUGGUUAUCUCUCUGUGGGGAUGGGAAUGUAUAAAUAAUCUUCUUUGUUUGGUUGUUUCUUAAGCUUUAUGAACAGCUUAGGUAGUAUAGAGUAAGUAUUAUUAUUUUGUUGUGUUUUUUUAAAGCCUAAUAACAUGCCUGAUUUUUUUUAGAAGC